CCCAGGGCUUGCAAAUUGUUAAAAAUCUUUGUUAAGCGCAACGUUGAAGAUGAGGUCGAAAGGCUUUGCUUUUAUUAUCAUAUUAAUCAUCUCAGGAGAGCUCUAUGCAGAAGAGAAGCCCUGUGGUCUUCCUAGUGUGAAAAAUGGGAGGAUUGCCCCAUAUUACUAUACUUUUGAAAGUUUCUACUUUCCAAUGAGUGUAAACCAAAAAUUGUCAUUUUCCUGCUUGGCGGGCUACACAACGCUCACCGGGAAGCAAGAGGACAGGACAGCAUGCACGGCCGAGGGCUGGUCCCCGGAGCCCCGGUGCUUCAAAAAAUGCACUAAGCCUGACCUGAUACACGGCCACAUCCCCGAGGCGAAGCUGCUGUACACCAUUCAGGAGCGCCUGCGCUACCGUUGCGGCCCGGGAUACAAGACCCCCGGGGGGCAGGACGAAGAAGCUGUGCAGUGUCUCGCCAGUGGGUGGUCUUCUCUGCCUGCCUGCAGUAAGGGACAAGAGACCUGCGUGGCUCCCGAACUACAGCACGGAAAUUACACCACAACACAGAAAACCUUCCGAGUGAGGGACAAAGCGCGGUACGAGUGUGCCCCCGGCUAUGUCACGGCCGGGGGGGCGUCCGCAGAGGAGGCCGAGUGUCGCACGCACGGGUGGUCUCUCACGCCGAAAUGUACCAAAUUAAAAUGCCCUUCUUUAAGAUUCCUAGAAAAUGGUUAUUUUCAUCCUGUCAAGCAAGCCUAUGGAGAAGGAGAGGUAGUUCAGUUUUUCUGCAAUGAAAAUUAUUAUCUAAGUGGAUCAGAUUUAAUUCAAUGCUAUAACUUUGGCUGGUACCCAGAAGCUCCUGUAUGUGAAGGAAGAAGAAAUCGAUGCCCUCCUCCACCGCUGCCUCUGAACUCCAAGAUUCGCACCUACUCGACGACCUAUCGUCCUGGAGAGACAAUUCGGAUAGAAUGUGAGCUGAAUUUCGAGAUUCAGGGGUCAGAGGAAAUACGUUGUAACAAUGGGACCUGGACGGAACCUCCAAAAUGCGUGGAGGUAAAGGGGAAGACAGCUUGUGAGGAGCCACCGCUGGUCGAGAACGGUGCGGCGGACCUCCACUCUAGGGUUUAUUACAAUGGGGACAGAGUGACAUACAGCUGUCAAAGCGGUUAUCACCUCCGCGGACCAAAAGAAAUAAUCUGUAACCAUGGGAACUGGACACGCCCCCCUGAGUGUGCGGCAAACAGGGAGACGUGUCCAGCCCCACCUGGUGUCGUCAACGGCGCCAUCGUCCACGGGUCGUUGGCGAGCUACACAGCGGGCUCCUCGGUGGAGUACAAGUGCAACCAGUACUACUUACUGAAGGGAGAAAAAAGGUCCCGUUGUGAACACGGACAAUGGUCGGACCCACCUGUCUGCCUAGAGCCAUGCACUGUGAAUGAGGAGGACAUGAAGAGAAACAACAUAGAGAUGAAGUGGAAGUACGAAGGGAAGGUUUUGCAUGGAGACUUAAUAGACUUUGUAUGCAAGGAGGGAUUCGAUCUGUCUCCAUCAACCCCACUGUCUGCGCUAUCUGUGCAGUGCAAUAGAGGACAAGUGAACUAUCCUUUAUGUGUAAGAAAAGAAUCUAAGGGAAUGUGUGCAUCUCCUCCAUUUAUUAAAAAUGGAGUCAUUGUUCAAUUAAAAUUCGACCCCUAUGAAAAUGGUUCCUCCGUGGAAUACAGGUGUUUCCAACACUAUUUCCUACAAGGGCCUAAAGAGUCCUAUUGUCUAGAAGGAGUGUGGACCACACCGCCCUCAUGUUUAGAGCCCUGCAGAUUAUCUUUUAUUGAAAUGGAAAAUAAUAAUUUACUCCUGAAAUGGAAGUUUGACAACAGGCCAUUUAUUUUCCAUGGCGAGUAUGUUGAGUUUGUUUGCAAAAGAGAUAGUUUUAUAGCUGAGCUAUCUGUCACGGGACCUGAACUUAGAGUACAGUGUGACAGAGGACAGUUAAAAUAUCCCAGAUGCAUUCAAAGAGAAAGCAUGCUGUUUUACCAAGAACCCUUAAGGACAUAAGUUGGAUCGCAAAAAGAAGAAUCGUAUUUCCAUACAUCAUAAAAUCCUUUGAGAAACAUAAUUUUUUGGAGAAAAAUAUUGAAUUGGAAAC